AUGACCUCUGCCCCGACGAUUCUUGCGACCUGCAAACAAACGCGAUUCCAUCUUCUCGAUGACAAUCCUUCAGCCGAGAUAGAUGUGGAGGGUCUCGGAAUUACUGUGACGUCUUCCUCCCCUGGAUCGACCGACGAUGGAUCCAAGACGAAAGCAAAGGGAAAGUCCAAGGCCAAGGCGCAAGGACGAGAGCUGAUCUCCGAUGGCCACCUUCGGCUCAAGGCGGGCAUACACUAUGGUCUGCUAGGACGCAAUGGAACAGGGAAAUCGACGCUGCUCCGGGCAAUGGCCGAGAAACUCAUCCCCGGUAUUCCCCACGCCACUCGGAUUACUAUCCUCCAACAGACGGACGGAGAGUAUACUGCCGGAGGCACUGAUGGGCUGAGCAUGGACAAGGGUGUCUUGGAAUCGAUUCGGAAUGAGGCUGCCCGUACUGCAGAUUUCCUUUCGAAAAGCUUCGAAUCGGAGGAUCCCUUACAACCAGUUCAAGCCAUUCGCAAAAUCAGACAUCAGCAUGCACAGAAGAAACUCUUCCUGGCGCAGAAAAAUGCUAGUCUGAAGAGUGGCGCCCGAGGUCUGCAGGCGCGGAAAGAUCUCAAGGCUGCAGAAUCCAACCUGGAGUCCUCAUUCGCACUGCUCGAUCAGGAUCAGGAAAACAUCGAUGCCGAUGCCGUCCAGUCUGAUACACAGGCUGCGGUUGAGAUGCUGCAGGCUGUUCAAUCUCAGCUUGAAGAUAUGAAACUAGCCGACACGGAGAAAGAAGCCCGUCGCAUCCUACUCGGCCUCGGCUUCAAAGAGGACGCCUUGGAAAAGAAAGUCUCGACAUUGUCAGGCGGUUGGCGAAUGCGAUGCAUGCUCGCAAGCGUCCUUAUCCAAAACCCCGACAUCAUGAUUCUCGACGAACCAACCAACUUCCUCGACCUUCUGGGCGUAGUCUGGCUAGAGAACUACCUCCAACAAUUCAGCGAGUCAUCUCAAACCACCAUUAUCCUCGUCUCGCACGACCGCGAUUUCGUCAACUCCGUCUGCGAAGAGAUCGUGGUCCUCCGCGACCAAAAGCUGAACUACUUCAAGGGAAACCUCGCCGCCUACGAACAGAACUUUGAAGAGCAGAAGCUGUACUGGGGACGCAUGAAAGAGGCUCAGGAAAGACAGAUCUCGCAUCUGGAAGCGAGUAUCCGCGAAAAUAUGAAAAUCGGCAAGAAGACCGGCGACGAGAAUAAGCUUCGACAGGCCAAGUCUCGGCAGAAGAAAGUCGAUGACCGGAUGGGUUUGCAGGUUAGCGCAAAUGGCGGUCGAUUCAAGCUGAAUCGCGAUCUGGUCGGCUACCAUUUGACUGCCCGGGCCGAAAUCGAAGUCCCGCAGGAUGAGAAAGGCGCAACGAUGAGUCUGCCUGAUGCAACAGAGCUGCGAUUUCCGGGUCCGUUGGUUUCCCUGGAGGGAAUUACCUUUCAGUAUAAGAAAAAUGACAGGGUGAUUCUUGACGAUGUGAAUCUUGUCAUGCAUAUCGGCGAUCGUGUCGGUAUCAUGGGCCUGAAUGGGUCUGGAAAGUCCACUUUGGUUCGUGUCUUGACGGGGAGUAAUAUUCCUUCCAAGGGCAAGGUUAUCACUCACCCACGACUGAAGGUAGGCUACUAUGGCCAACAUUCGGUCGAGGAGCUACAAGAGCGUGGAAAGAAUGAGCCUUCCCUGACUGCGUUAGGAUUGUUGAUGGCAGAGGUAGAAGGAACCCUGAACGAAGGUGCUCUCCGCGGGCUGCUUUCAUCAAUGGGCCUUGCGGGACGAAUUGCUUCUGAUGUACCAGUGAACAAGCUGUCUGGUGGUCAAUUGGUCCGUCUCGCCUUAGCUCGCAUCGUCUGGAACGCACCCCAACUCCUCAUCCUCGAUGAAAUCACAACCCACCUGGAUUUCCACACCGUUACUGCCCUAGCUACAGCGCUAUCUUCAUUCAAUGGCGCCAUUCUUCUCGUUUCCCACGACCGAUUCCUAGUCCGGAGCAAGCGAGAUAUGGAGCACAAACUGGAUGAAGAGUUUGAGGGGUUGGAGGAGGAAGAAGCAGAUGAGUCGACUACUCGCCGUCGCUCGGUUUAUGUUUUGAAAGCGGGGAAGAUGAGUGAGCAGCAGAAUGGGGUAGAGCAGUUUGAGAAGAGCUUGGUGAAGCGGGUGCAGAAGAUGCUUCAAUGA